AGACUGAAGAUGGCUCCUUUCUUACAGAUAUGUUCUCUGUUUUUGCUGGUUGUCAUUAACCCUGCAACUGCCAAUGGUUAUUAUGACAAGAUCUUGGCUCAUAGCCGCAUCAGAGGCCGGGACCAGGGUCCAAAUGUCUGUGCCCUUCAACAGAUUUUGGGCACCAAAAAGAAAUAUUUCAGCACAUGCAGGAACUGGUAUCAAGGUGCCAUCUGUGGAAAAAAAACGACUGUAUUAUAUGAAUGUUGCCCUGGUUAUAUGAGAAUGGAAGGAAUGAAAGGCUGUCCAGCAGUUAUGCCUAUUGAUCAUGUUUAUGGAACCCUGGGCAUAGUGGGGGCCACGACCACACAGCACUACUCUGACGUCUCAAGACUGAGGGAAGAGAUAGAAGGAAAAGGAUCAUUCACUUACUUUGCACCAAGUAAUGACGCCUGGGACAACUUGGAUUCUGAUAUUCGUAGAGGUUUGGAGAACAAUGUAAAUGUUGAAUUAUUAAAUGCUUUACAUAGCCACAUGGUUAAUAAGAGAAUGCUGACCAAGGACUUAAAAAAUGGCAUGAUUGUUCCUUCAAUGUAUAACAAUUUGGGACUUUUCAUCAAUCACUAUCCUAAUGGGGUAGUCACUGUUAAUUGUGCUCGAAUCAUUCAUGGGAACCAAAUUGCAACCAAUGGUGUUGUACAUGUCAUUGACCGUGUUCUUACACAAAUUGGCACUUCAAUUCAAGACUAUAUUGAAGCUGAGGAUGAUCUCUCCUCUUUCAGGGCAGCAGCCAUCACAUCUGAUAUACUGGAGACCUUGGGAAGAGAUGGUCACUUCACACUCUUUGCUCCUACAAAUGAGGCUUUUGAGAAACUUCCACGAGGUGUCCUACAAAGAAUCAUGGGAGACAAAGUGGCUUCCGAAGCUCUAAUGAAGUACCACAUUUUAAAUACUCUUCAGUGUUCUGAAGCUAUCAUGGGAGGUGCAGUCUUUGAGACCCUAGAAGGAAACACCAUUGAGAUAGGAUGUGAUGGUGACAGCAUAACAGUCAAUGGAAUCAAAAUGGUGAACAAAAAAGACAUAGUGACAAAUAAUGGUGUUAUUCAUUUGAUUGAUGAGGUCCUAAUUCCUGAUUCUGCCAAACAAGUUAUUGAGCUGGCCGGAAAUCAGCAAACCACUUUCACAGACCUAGUGGCUCAGUUAGGCUUGGCAUCUGCUCUGAAACCAGAUGGAGAAUAUACUCUACUGGCUCCUGUGAACAAUGCAUUUUCUGAUGAUACAUUGAGCAUGGAUCAGCGCCUUCUUAAAUUAAUUCUGCAGAAUCACAUAUUAAAAGUAAAAGUUGGUCUUAAUGAGCUUUACAAUGGACAAAAGCUUGAGACCAUUGGAGGCAAACAGCUCAGAGUGUUCGUGUACCGUACAGCUGUCUGCAUAGAAAACUCAUGCAUGAUGAGAGGCAGUAAACAAGGAAGAAAUGGUGCCAUUCACAUAUUCCGAGAGAUCAUCAAACCAGCAGAGAAGUCCCUCCAUGAAAAAUUAAAACAGGAUAAGCGCUUCAGCAUCUUCCUCAGCCUGCUUGAAGCUGCUGAUUUGAGAGAGCUCCUGACACAGCCUGGAGAUUGGACCUUGUUUGUUCCAACCAAUGAUGCCUUUAAGGGAAUGACUAAUGAAGAAAGGGAAAUUCUAAUUCGGGACAAAAAUGCUCUUCAGAACAUCAUUCUUUAUCACCUGACACCAGGAGUUUUUAUUGGGAAGGGAUUUGAACCCGGUGUUACUAAUAUUCUAAAGACCACCCAAGGAAGCAAAAUCUAUGUGAAAGGAGUAAAUGAUACACUUCUGAUAAAUGAAUUAAAAUCAAAAGAAUCUGAUAUCAUGACAACAAACGGCGUCAUUCAUGUUGUGGAUAAACUUCUUUAUCCAGCAGACACACCAGUUGGAAAUGAUCAACUGCUGGAAAUACUUAAUAAGCUGAUAAAAUACAUACAAAUUAAGUUUGUCCGUGGUAGUACCUUCAAAGAAAUUCCUGUGACUGUCUACACAACUAAAAUUAUAACCAAAGUUGUGGAACCAAAAAUUAAAGUGAUUGAAGGCAGUCUUCAGCCUAUUAUCAAAACUGAAGAGCCAAUUAUUAAAAGGUACACAAAAGUCAUUGAUGGAGUGCCUGUGGAAAUAACUGAAAAAGAGACAAGGGAAGAAAGAAUCAUUGCAGGUCCUGAAAUAAAAUACACCAGAAUUACUACUGGUGGUGGAGAAACAGAAGAAACUCUCAAGAAACUGUUGCAAGAAGAGGUCACCAAGGUCACCAAAUUCAUUGAAGGUGGCGAUGGUCAUUUAUUUGAAGAUGAAGAAAUUAAAAGGCUGCUUCAGGGAGACACACCUGUAAGGAAGAUGCAAGCUAACAAAAGAGUUCAAGGAUCCAGAAGACGAUCAAGGGAAGGUCGUUCUCAGUGAAAAUCCAGAAAACUAACAAGAUCAUUUAUAAACCUUAAGUCGAUAACCUGAUAUUAAAGAAAAAUUUUGAGAGCCGCUUUGACUUUUAGAAAUGAACAAUCAACACAAAAUAUUAUAAACAUAAAAGUUUCAGCCAUUGAAAACUUACUGAUCCAAAAACUAUUUUUCUUUCUAAACAAGAAAUAUAAGGAGGAAUUCUAAGUUUAAUCUCUGUGUAGGAACUUAGGGAAAGAAUUUUUCAGGCUUUUACAUCUUGACUUUAAAUGUUCUGGCUAAUUUUGAUAUCUAUCACAGAAAACCCUUGUGACAGGACUUAAAUAUCACUUCAAAAUGACUGAGCCUUGAAAUUAUGUAAUGGGUACAUAAAACACAUGUUUUUACUCUUCAUGGGAAGUAACAUCAUAAAUGUGGGUGCUCAGGAUUAAAAAAAUACACACAAUUUUUACUUUAAAGGGCUUUGCACAUUUCUAAUACAAUGUGGAUUUACUGGUAAAUUAUGUUAUUUCACACUAAUUUUGUACUCUUGGAAUGUUUGUCAUAUGCUUCUUGAGACAUAUUUUUAUCUCAAACAUUUCAGUAAAACCAUUUUUCAGGUAUAAGGAGAAUUACUUUAAAUUGAGUAAUUCAGAAAACUUAAGGUUUAAGUUAAUAAGUGGUUUUGACUUGGGAACA